ACGAAGAAUACAACAAGAAUAUUAAUAGAAGAAUUAGUACCACAUAUGCCUCAGAUAACACGAGUAACUGCUAUAUCUCAUGUAUUUCAGAUUGGCGUCUUUAAACUUUUUUGCGGCAGGAUCAUAUCAAAGAAGAAUCGGCCAGGAUUUUUUAACAUGUAUGUCGCAAACAUCAUUAAGCCGUUCUCUUCAUGCAACUGUUAAUGCAUUGAAUUGUGUGAUGAAUAAUUGGAUUCGUUUUCCAGUAACGGUAGACAGAAUUCAAAGAAUCAAAGAAGGAUUUUUCAGAAACGGUGGUUUUCCUGGAGUAAUUGGAGCAAUCGAUGGGACACUUGUAGCCAUUUUUCCACCGGAGGCUGAAAGGGAAUAUUUAUUUAUAAAUAGAAAAUUAUACCAUUCGUUAAAUGUUUUGGUCAUUUGUGAUUCCAACUGCGAAAUUCUCGCUGUAAAUAGUGCCCAUGGUGGCCGAACACAUGAUGCUCGAGUAUUACGGUCAUCGAGACUCUUUGCUCAUUUAGAAUAGAGACACAGACAGGGUGAAAUAGAUAAUUGCUGGCUUCUAGGUGAUUCUGCAUACCCCCUUCUACCUUUUCUAUUGACGCCAAAAUUAAAUGAAGAAGAAGGAACUCCAGGUGCAAGAUACACAGAUCAUCAUGUUCGGACUCGUGUGGCUAUAGAGUGUUGUUUCGGCAUUUUAAAAGGUCAUUGGCGUUGGAAGGAACGAGCUUUACAUUAUCGUCCACAAUUCGCAGCUCUUAUUGUUAAUGCUUGUUGCGUUCUCCAUAAUAUGGCGAUCAAAUGGGGGAUUCCUUGUGAUGAAAUACAUCUGGAUGAAUUAGAUAUAUCACCGAUACCAUAUCAUGAUAUUAACGAAGAACGUGGAGAACAAACCCGAAAUCGUGUGAUCGAAUGGUAUUUCUCAAAUUGACUCAACUUUUAAGAUUUAACAUUUUUUUACAUGAGUUUUUAAUUGUAUUUUGAAAAUAGCUAUGUUCAACAGACUAAGCAGAUAA